CAGCAAUCACGGAGGCAAAGUCUGCUGCAAUUCGGAUCACAGAGAUGAUUGAUCGACAACCUGCAAUCGACACUGAAGAUAAGAAGGGGAAAGCAUUGUCAUAUGUAAGAGGAGAAAUUGAAUUCAAUGGUGUCUACUUCAGUUACCCCUCAAGGCCCGAUGCGCCUAUCUUGCAAGGCCUGAAUCUUAGAAUUUCACCGGGGAAAACUACUGGACUUGUUGGGGGUAGUGGUUCAGGAAAGUCCACAAUCAUUUCAUUGCUUCAGAGAUUCUACGAUCCCAUUGAAGGCGAUAUUUUGUUGGAUGGUCACAAGAUAAAGAAACUCCAUAUAAAGUGGCUGAGGUCCCAAAUAGGUCUGGUUAAUCAAGAACCAAUUCUCUUUGCAACAACCAUAAAAGAGAACAUACUAUUUGGCAAAGAGGGAGCAACUAUGGAAGAAGUGGAGAAGGCAACAAAAGCUGCAAAUGCUCAUGAUUUCAUUAUAAAGUUACCAGAUGCAUAUGAAACUCAGGUUGGGCAAUUUGGUCUGCAGUUAUCUGGAGGACAAAAGCAGCGAAUAGCCAUAGCGAGGGCUUUGAUAAGAGAUCCAAAAGUCUUGCUGCUUGAUGAAGCUACAAGUGCAUUGGAUUCACAGUCUGAAAGAGUUGUACAAGAGGCCCUUGAUCAUGCAUCUAUGGGGAGAACUGCAAUCGUCAUAGCUCACCGUCUGUCCACCAUUAGAAUGGCGAAUAGGAUAGUAGUUCUUCAACAAGGGAGAGUAAUAGAGUCUGGAACACACGAAGAGCUUAUGCAAAUGACUGAUGGUGAAGGUGGAGAGUACUACAAAAUGGUGCAGCUGCAGCAACUAGCCACAUUAAAUGAUGUCGCCAAUACCCCUAAUCAAAAGACUGGUGGAAGAAGUAGCUAUCGUAAAGGUAGUAAUACCCCUCAAAGUCCAUUCAACAUGAUAUCUAGUGCAGCAGCCACACCGGUUAUGUACCCGUUCAGUCCAGCAUUUUCCAGAAGUACACCAUUGUCAGUUCCUUACUCCGUCCAGUAUGAAGAAUCAUAUGAAAGUUAUGAUAACCAUUUGACAAAAGUGGCUCAUCCAGCGCCUUCACAAUUGCGUUUACUCCAAAUGAAUGCUCCUGAAUGGGGUAGAGCUUUGCUCGGAUGCAUAGGAGCGAUAGGCUCGGGAGCUGUUCAGCCAAUAAAUGCCUACUGUGUUGGGGCAGUUAUAUCUGUUUACUUCCGUCCUGAUAAAUCCUCCAUCCAAUCUCACGUGAGGAUCUAUUCUUUCAUAUUCAUAGGUCUUGCUGUUUUCAACUUCUUCACAAAUGUAAUCCAACACUACAAUUUUGCUGUCAUGGGAGAAAGGCUAACCAGAAGGAUAAGGGAGAUGCUGCUUGCCAAACUCAUGACGUUUGAGAUCAAAUGGUUUGAUCAAGAUGAGAACACGAGUGCAGCCAUAUGUGCUCGGCUAUCAACUGAAGCAAACAUGGUUCGUUCCCUUGUGGGAGACCGUAUGUCAUUGCUAGUUCAAGCAUUCUUUGCUGCUACAUUUGCUUAUACAUUAGGACUUUUCCUAACAUGGAAGCUGUCCUUAGUGAUGAUGGCAGCUCAGCCUUUGCUCAUUGGAAGUUUUUACACGAGGACUGUACUGAUGAAGAGUAUGUCUGUAAAAGCACAGAAAGCUCAAAGAGAGGGAAGCCAACUAGCAAGUGAAGCUGUUAUUAAUCAUAGAACAAUCACCGCUUUCUCAUCUCAGAAAAGGAUAGUAGGGCUCUUUAGAGACUCAUUAGAAGGUCCUAGAAAGGAAAGCAUACGACAAUCUUGGUAUGCCGGUGUAGGUCUAUGUAGCUCUCAAUUCCUAGCUGCAGCUUCUACAGCUUUAGCUUACUGGUACGGCGGAAAACUAUUGUCACAAGGAGACAUAUCUCCUGAGAAACUUUUUCAAGCAUUUCUAGCAUUGCUUUUCACUGCUUAUACUAUUGCUGAGGCAGGAAGCAUGACUAAAGAUAUAUCUAGAGGAAAUAAUGCUGUGGGUUCAGUCUUUGCAAUCCUCGAUAGAAACACCGAGAUCAAUCCAGAUAAUUCAUCAGCAAUAGAUGCAACGAGAACACAAAUAAGGGGACGUGUGGAGCUGAAAAGAGUAUUCUUUGCUUAUCCAUCAAGACCAGAUCAGCUGAUUUUCAGAGGAUUAAGCCUCAAGAUAAGUGCAGGAACUACAGUAGCAUUAGUUGGACAGAGUGGUUGUGGAAAAUCAACGAUAAUUGGGCUUCUUGAAAGAUUUUAUGAUCCAGAUAAAGGAUCAGUCUAUAUCGACGAAAGGGAUGUUAAAGACUACAACUUGAGAUCCCUGAGACAAAGUAUUGCAUUAGUUAGCCAAGAACCAACUCUCUUUGCAGGAACUAUCUACGAGAACAUUGCAUAUGGAAAAGAGAACGCCAGCGAAUCUGAGAUAAUAAAUGCUGCUGUGCUUGCUAAUGCUCAUGAAUUUAUAAGUGGGAUGAAUGAUGGAUAUGAAACUCAAUGUGGACAAAGAGGAGUGCAACUAUCAGGAGGUCAGAAACAAAGAAUAGCCAUUGCCCGAGCAAUACUCAAGAGCCCGAAAAUCCUGUUGUUAGAUGAAGCAACUAGUGCUCUUGACACUGUAUCUGAAAGCGCGGUCCAAGAAGCACUAGAGAAAAUGAUGGUUGAACGAACAUGCAUUGUCGUGGCUCAUCGUCUAUCAACAAUACAGAAAGCUAGUUCCAUUGCUGUUAUAAAAGAUGGAAUAGUUGCAGAACAAGGCUCACAUUCUGAUCUACUUUCUAUAGGAAAAUAUGGUUCAUAUUAUUCUUUGGUAAAGUUACAAGGGGGAAACUCUCCUUACAGGUUAACUUAGAAAAAAUAACUUGUCUUGCGCUACAUUUGACAUCAUUUUUGUAAAUUGAGAUAUGCUAUCCGAAGUGU